CAAUGCUAUUCACCCCCCAUCAGUCCGACAAUGGCCGACGUGUCUCGUUUCUGCGGGUCAGGAGAGGGAGAAACAUGUAUAUAUAUCUGUCGACUAGAUUCUCUCGUAGCUCUUGUUCAGAAAACCAGAUAGGUCCUCAUCACCAACCAUUGCCCUAUUACGCCCUCGCAGCUUUGUGAGACGACAACAUCUCCGCCAUGCCGAGCAUAACGAGCCUACCGAUGGAGCUGGUGCUGAAGAUUUUGCAAGCUCCUUGCGACCCCUGCGAGGGGCUGGAGCUUUUCGAGAUUCCCGGCAACUACGGCUGGGGGCUGCACCUCGACAGCGCCAGCCUCGCGGCCUUCGCCCGCACCAGCCGCCGGUUCCGCGGCGCCGCCACCGAGAUCCUCUACCGGACCCACGGCGGGUCGAGGGCGGCCGAGUUCGCGGUCCGGAACCGCAGGAUCGACAUCCUCGACAUCGCCGCGUCGUUCCGCGUCAGUUUCCGCCCCCCCAAGACGACCCGCGGCGUGAGAUCGUUGCUCGAGCUGGCCUGUUAUCUCGGUUACGAGGACGUCGCCUCGUGGCUGCUGGACCACGGCGCCGAGAUGGGGGAGGAACCCCAAACCUGGAUCGACGGGACGCCGGCUUUUCGGUAUUCGGCGCUGGAGACUGCCGUCCACGCGGAUAACACCGACGUUGCUCUCAUGUUACUACGCCGUGGCGCAUGCCCCUUUUUUUGGUCGGAUCCCCAAUGGGGUUUCCCAGCUCGCUACGAGACAGUCCUUCACAGGGCGGCCGCACGCCAACAGUUCGAGUUCCUUCGGUCGUGUGUGAAGGAAAAGUUGGUGCCAGUCGAUUUGGAAUCUUGUUCCCGCUUCAGUGCUCUAGCUAUGUUUGUAAUGCAUUCCUGGAGUGAUGCCUUUCUAGAGGCAAUUCAAACCCUGGUUGACCUUGGCGCUGAUGUUAACGCGAGAACGGAGCCUGCAAUGCUGAGUCAAGCUUUGCAGAGCGGCUCCUUCGCUAUAGCGACGGCGCUACUGGGCGCCGGCGCGGAGGUGAGGAGACAUUCCGAAGAGGGAGAAUUGCAGUUACUGCACUUUUGUGUCGGCAGAAAGUUCGUCUUUAGAACGGGGAUCGCGGAGACUGAGUCGGUUUACUAUCAUGAAGCAACACCGAGAGGCCAAACUUAUCCUCUCCGAGGGUCCAUCGAUGGAAUUCGCAGAUUGGGCCCUCCGACGACCCCUCUCGGAGCAGCCAUCAGGUUUGGGACACCCAAAGUGAUGGCACACUUCUUCGACGUAGGCGCCAGCCUAGAGACAACAGACUAUAGUGGAAGAAAUGCUUUGGACAUAUUUAUGGACCAUUACCGAGACAAGAGCGAACUCGACGGCGAAACAAUCGAGAAGAUGGAGGUACUCUUGAGACACGGCGGUAGGAUUGAUGUACCCAUGAAGUGCGGCCAGUCGCUGCUACAAUGGGCGGCUAGUCGCGUGAGGACUUAUUCAGACACCAAAGGGCUAGAGCGACUCUUAACGAUAGCGACCCCCAAGGUGACGGAUGAGAGAUAUCUGCGCAGCCUCCUCCCCAAGUACUCUCGGUCCGGCCCCUACGCGAUCUGUUGCGUCUUGGCUUCCCACGGAAUCUCGCUAAGUGUUAAGAAAUCCGUCGCAGCCGCGAGGCAGCUCAUACGUAAACGUAAGGAGCUCGAUAGCCGGGCCGCUUCUUGGUUCUCCAUGCUCCUCGACAUGGGUCUAUCGGAGCGGCGGCUCUCGAGACUGCUGACUUUCGCAUUGAGGCACAAGAAAGAUACGUACACGUAUAUUAUGCUGGACCGCGGCGUCCUGGCCGGUCCACACUCGAGACCGUCAUGGCUUCCUCUGGCCGCUCGAUGGGGGAAUCUCGUGGUGAUUAAACGGCUGCUGAGCGAAUCGACUGUGCAGGUGAAUGAUCGAUGCGAUUAUAGGCGAACUGGGGAGGCUCAGUACCCGUUGGCCAUAGCAUUCGAAUAUGGCCACAAUGAAGCCGCGUUGAUGCUCUUAGAGCACGGAGCUGACCCAAUACUCCCCCGAACAGGGCCUGUGUGCGAAAGCGGGUCGAACGAAGUCCAAUCUCUCCCGCCUUUUGAGAUGGCCAUACAUCGUGGUGCUGACGUUGACAUCGUCAAGGAAAUGUGGCUGAAGACUCCGCCCGAGUCCCGACCCGACGGAGUUAUAUUCAUGGCUUGCGUCCCGAGGCGGCACCACCUACUUUGCGAAUGGUUGGAGCACCAGGCCAAGGGCGGUAUGGGAAAAUGAGUAGAACAACAAGACUUGGUAGAAUACGGUCAUCGAGAAAAGAAAAAAAGGGAGCAAGUGAUACACGGAGUAAACUAGAUGAGAUAUGUCAAUAUGUAGGGAAUACAGAAAUGAGAUCGUACCAAUAAAAGAAAAAGGAUACCAAAUAUACUGCAGCAGAAAAUCCGUAGAAUCACAUGUGAAACAGACAUGUUGGCAUCUAUUCCCGUUAUUCGCUGAGCCGUGUGUAGACAAGUUCCGUGGGAAGAGAAUGAACGGCCAACGCGUAAACACUGGGUUGUGCUGCUAAGUAUUGCUGCUUCAGGUGGCUUCGUAGUUCAUCUGGAGGUUUGGGACCGAGAGGAGAUGAUAGUUGAGGUUCAGAGGGGAGCGGGGGGAGGUUGCUUACCUAGCGUAGCUUGAUGUUAUAUAUUGCGUUAAUGCACGAAUACCCAAGACUUACGAAUCCUGGUUCGAGGGAGAGGACCGCGGUGGACAAG